AGGAGAGGAGGAGGAGGAGUGAAACGAAGCAAAGCAGAGUACGAACAGCAGGCAGAAACAGACGGGGGUGCUGGUUAACUUUGUUUAUUUGCAUGGGUUGUGGUAGUAAACAGAGGUGCCAGUGUUAGUUUUCCCUCUCCCUUAAGCCUCGGUUGUUUUUUAACCCGCCUGACUCUGUCUGAGUUAAUGUUAGUUAGCUGUCUGACAUUAGCUCCUGUUAUUAGCCUGCUGGUUACUUCCAACUACUUAUCAGCACCCGAUCGAUCCGGGACGAGACUGUUUUCGUCACUUAUUGGUUUUAACUGGUCGUCGUAGCAGAGACGUCACUGGAACCAGCGGCACUACUGGGAGAGUCUGGAUCCGACUGUUAACCACUCAUAUGCUGGAUGGAGCACAGAGCUGGGUGAUCUGCAGACAACUGAAGCCUCUUAAAUUGAGUCAGGCAAUGAUGGCAACAUGACAGGAGAUGGUCUGCUGAGUCAGCUCCAACAGGAACCAUGGAAAGGUUUCAGCGAUCUGCAGCCGAGCAGCAUGACGGGAUAAAGGACUACUGCAAGUCCGAGUCGCCGCCAGAAGAGUCCAGAGGCACGGACGACUGUGGGAGGGCGGCGUCAGAGCUGACAGACCUGCAAGAAUUAAAGAGCGGGGAUGAGGAGGACAAGGAGGAAGUGCUUCCGGCUAAAGGCCUGAAGGGGGAUAAGAAGAGAAGACAGACAGCGGGUCAAGAUCAGGAGGACAAUCACAGCAAGCAAAACCACAGUGCAUCCUCCAGCUACACAGAUCUUUCUAAUACUUCAACGCCUUUGCUGUCAGAGCAGCUGCGUCUCGGCAGAGAGGAUAACACAGGUCCUGGUAUCAGUGUGGAGUGUAAGGUCUGUGGGGAUAAAGCCUCAGGUUUUCACUAUGGAGUCCACGCCUGUGAAGGCUGCAAGGGCUUUUUCCGGCGGACCGUGCGGAUGAAACUGGAAUAUGAACGCUGUGAGCAUUCCUGCAAAAUACAGAAGAAGAAUCGCAACAAGUGCCAAUAUUGUCGCUUCCAAAAGUGCCUGUCAUUGGGAAUGUCCCAUGAUGCGAUCCGAUACGGACGUAUGCCUGAGGCGGAAAGGAAGAAGCUGGUGGCUGGUCUGCUCGCAGAGGAGCUGAACCUCAGCAAACCAGGCGGCUCCGACUUGAAGACAUUAGCCAAACAAGUUAACACAGCCUACCAGAAGAACCUCAGUAUGACCAAGAAGAGGGCCCGCAGCAUCUUGAUGGGCAAAACCAGCAGCACCUCGCCCUUUGUGAUCUACGACGUGGACACACUCUGGAAAGCAGAAAGUGGGUUAGUGUGGAGCCAGUUAGUGCCAGGUGCUCCCUUGACCAAGGAGAUUGGAGUUCACGUCUUCUACCGCUGUCAGUGUACUACAGUGGAGACGGUGCGAGAGCUCACAGAGUUUGCCAAGUCCAUUCCAGGGUUUGUAGACCUCUUCCUUAAUGACCAGGUGACGUUGCUGAAAUACGGUGUCCACGAGGCUAUUUUUGCCAUGCUGCCCUCACUCAUGAACAAAGAUGGACUCCUUGUGGCCAAUGGAAAAGGCUUUGUGACCAGAGAGUUCCUUCGCAGCUUAAGGAAACCCUUCAGUGAGAUCAUGGAGCCCAAAUUUGAGUUUGCUGUCAAGUUCAAUGCUCUGGAGUUGGAUGACAGUGACCUGGCCCUGUUUGUUGCUGCCAUUAUUCUCUGUGGAGAUCGUCCCGGGUUAAUGAACGUGAAGCAGGUGGAGCAAAGUCAGGACAACAUCCUCCAGGCCCUGGACCUCCACCUUCAAGCAAACCACUCGGACUCUGUCUACCUCUUUCCCAAGCUGCUUCAGAAGAUGGCUGAUCUUCGGCAACUGGUUACUGAGAACGCUCAGCUUGUCCAAAAGAUCAAAAAGACUGAGUCGGAGACCUCGCUCCACCCUCUACUACAGGAGAUCUACAAAGACAUGUAUUAGAAACCUCCAGCACAGACUGACCUAUAGCAAUACUGUUACAGACAGAAUCUACGGUUGCAGCAAUGUGCUGCAUUCAAUUCAAGCUCCAUACGGAAGUGGAUUUUUGACACAAAGAUGAAGCAAAUUUACUUUUUUAGGACUAUCACAAUCAGCAAAGUCUUCACAAUAUCAGCAUUACUUUCAGCACAGUAGUGUGCAUGUGAGUGUGUGAGUGUGUGUGAUGAGCAUCUGGAAUCAUUUGCUGCAAGCCUUGGUUUCCCACAAUGGUCACCUAACAGGAAGAGUGAUAUGUUUUCUUACAGAGGCUGCUCCUGUUUCAUCUUCAUAGCAACGCUGACCCCAGAGCAGUGUUAAGAGAGAGCUUCUCCCAUUCUGAGGCUCUUAUGUUUUGUUGGAAAUGGAGAGCAUUUCACGCUUUUACACAAGUUUUCUUCUUGUUUUGCAAGACUGAUUGUAAUUCUUCUCAGGCUCUCGUCGAAGUUUAAGAUGCACAAAUUGAUAUUUGUUUACAACGUCAUAAUUGUCAUCAUGAUCAUCACUUUGCCAUGUGGUUUGAAGAACACAAACUGGGCUGGGUCCAGCAGUGUAUAGCUCUCCCAUCACAAGAGUCUGUGCAAUAUCAUUUUCAUUUGUCAAUAAAUGUGAGAUCCAAGUAAUUUAGCUUUUGUCUGGUAGCCAUCUACCCAACAGGCAACACUUUAAUCAUGCUAAACGUGUUAUUUCCUAAGGCUGACACUAUAAACAUGUGACUCACCAAAGCACAAGGGACAGCAUGCUUUAUGUUCAACAUACAGUAAAUUUGUCAUUUUGUUGUUGGUCUUUGUAAUCAUGUUAUUAAUUAUUUGUUAUUGUCAAUGACAUUGUAAGGGCAGGUCAUGACUUAUUACAUGAAUUAAGCAGACAUGUUUGGUAUUACAUACUUGUCCGUUUAGGUCAAUCCAAAUAUACCAGUGUGUCACCCCCUUAUGAGGAAUUUCAGUUCCAUAGUGCUGCAGAAUUUACUGCAAACCAGCAUAAAAGGUGGAUUUUAUUGUUACUGGCGAAUUGUAUGACAUUUGAAAAUCAUCUAGUAUCAUGAAGUUUUUUUUUUUGUAUUCCAGAUAUACACAAUCCAAGAACACUAUUUCUUUUUGUGUUUUUUUUUUUGUUUGUUUUACCGCCCUAUCCAGAUCCGUACGAAUCUUCUGUUACUACUGAUUUAGAUCAUCUCUGAUUCACAUGGUCCUCGUUUAGGAUUCUCCUCUUGUGCUCUUAUUCUGUUCUGAUCCCCAUCUACCUCUAAUAUAUAAAUAUUUCACUGUCUUAUCCAACUCGACCCUAUUUUGCCUUAAUUCCUGUUAUUGCACAGUGGAGUGAUCGACUAUCUUCGGUGUGCCAAGAAGGCAAAGUGUGAAUAGAAAAAAAAACGAUACACCAAAAUAUUAAAGACUUUAUGCAUGUAA